UCGGUGGCGUGCGUUUGGCUGGCGCGCGUGCUAGCAAACCGUUUCCAUGCGUGUCACGACACGGAUACAUGACAGCCGAUCUCUUGAAACGGUUAUUAAUAUUUAUAAGCAGUCUGUUAACACUACGAAGUGAAUUCGGCGUGUAUUUGAGAUAAUCGUGAGAUUCCCGCGAAAUAAAUGCCAAUGAAAUCGGGCAGUCGUGUUUGAAUUUAUCCGCGAGUGAAGAAUUGCGCGUUGAAACAGAUAUAUACGUAUAUAUAAACGCGUACCAGUAGUAUUAUUGCUAUACAUAUUAUUGUAUCGGUGAAAUUUUGGAGAAAAGAAGAAAAGAUGGUGCGUGGUUUGUCGCAGUGGACGAAAACUUUGAGCUUCCCCGCGAGGGUGUCCCCCCAGAGGCCUGCCAAGGAGUCAAAGGGGUUUCAUAUGAGCCCCAGUGCUAGCCCUACGUCGCCACCCAGCCCAAUCAACGACAACAUGGACAAGGCGCCGAUUAUUACCGAUGAGAAUUUCCAGGAUCUGGAGGCAGAAAAGGCAAUAAUGGGCUCUAUUGUGUACUGCAUACAUCAUAAGGACGGGUGCAAGUGGUCCGACGAACUUCGAAAGUUGAAGGCGCACCUGAAUACCUGCAAGCACGACGCGGUCCUCUGCAGCAAUAAGUGUGGCGCGAUGAUCCCGCGUGUGCUGAUGGAGGACCAUUUGAAGUACACUUGCGCCCAGCGGCGAGCACGCUGCGACUUCUGUGCCAAAGAAUUCACCGGUCACACGCUCGAGAAGCACACAGGGACAUGUGGCUACGAGCCGCUCUACUGCGAGAACAAGUGCGGCAUGAAGGUGCAGCGAAGGCACCUCAGCCAGCAUAAGUUAGGAGAGUGCGCGAAAAGGCUGGUGGCAUGUCGUUACUGCAACAAAGAGUUCGUUUUUGACACGCUCGGUGCUCAUCACGCCAAGUGUGGCCGCUUUCCAGUCGCCUGUCCACACCGUUGUGAAACUGCUGUGUUACCAAGGGAAGAUCUGGAAGUUCACUUGAAAGACCACUGCACCACACACCUUUUAUCCUGUACGUUCAAGGAUGCCGGCUGUCGUUUCAAGGGUAAUAGAUUUUCAUUGGACAAACACUUGGAAGAAUCAGCAAAGAUGCAUUUGAGCCUGAUGUGCAGUGUAGUGACAAAACAGCAACAUCAGAUAACCAGCCUGAAAUCCGCCAUUAGCAAAUUGUCGUUAAAUUACACUGGCACGCUAAUAUGGAAGAUCACAGAUUACAGUGCUAAAAUGUCCGAGGCGAAGGCCAAGGAGGGCAUGGAACUCGUUAGUCCUCCUUUCUACACUAGUCAAUAUGGUUACAAGCUACAGGCGUCAGUUUUCUUAAACGGAAAUGGAACCGGCGAAGGGAGUCACAUUUCCAUAUACAUAAAGAUACUUCCCGGAGAGUAUGAUGCUCUGUUGCGAUGGCCAUUCUCUCACAGCGUGUCCUUCACAAUAUUCGACCAGACGGUGGUCGCAGAGAAGGCGUGUAACAUCGUGGAGAGUUUUAUACCAGAUCCAACAUGGAAGAAUUUCCAGAGGCCGAGUCGCGAGCCUGAUUCCCUCGGUUUCGGUUUCCCCAGAUUCGUGUCCCACGAAAUGGUAAAGAAACGACACUUCGUUAAGGACAACACGAUGUUCAUUCGAGUGAAGGUUGAUCCUAGCAAAAUCGUGGCCGUGUAAAAAAGGGUCGAUAGAUUAAUGCGUCGAGCCGCAUUCCCCUAUCACGUUGUAUCAUACUAACUCAAUUUACUAUCGUAAACCACGUAACACACUUAAUAUUGUUACGCCACGUACACACACACACAUACGUAAACGGUAUUUACCCCGAUGUGGUUCAUACAUGCAUUUCUUACUUUCUGCUACGUAACGUCAGUCCAGUAAGGCGAUUAACGAUUACUUGAUAUUUAUUAACCGCGUAUACUUGGUGUGAUAGGGCGAAGUACUUUUACAUACAGGGCACGUGGUACUUACGUCGUUGCACAGGGAGUAUACUGUAGUGAAAUUGAGUCAGGAUAUUCUAUGAACCUUCAGGAGGCAAUAAUGGUUAACAAAAAGAUACGUUCGUUGUUCGAAACGGUUAGGAGUAUCGAGAUAC